GGCGGCGCGCGGUAAAAGUUAUGACAACAAUAAUGCGUUAUAAAACUGGCAGCGGCGACGAAAAGCGACUUCAGUGCGCCCGAGCACCGCGCAAGGUCAAGAGCAUACGAACUCUUUUCAAAACAGUACACAGUCAGGCUUUAUCUGGGAUGAUAGCUCCAGGUGUCUUUGCGUUACAAUAAAAAAAAAAAAUAGGAGGCCGUUCCGAAUUUAAAACGAACACGUGCCGCGCGCGCUUCAAAUAUUCCGUGUUUACAGUUUCCCGCGCAAACUCUGUGUUCGGAAAAUUCGUAUUUUAGUGUUUAGUAUCUGCUUCGGUCAGUGAAAAAGGGAUUACGGAGCCAGCAAAUUGGGGUCUCCGAAAACCGCUCCAGAGCGAGUCGCAGCGGCGCGGUACGGCGAGCGGCGCGCGAACAUGCUCGCGAGCAUCAAGGGAUUUUGGAAAGUCUGGCGAUAUGGCGAUCUUUACAUGGUGCUCGCAGCGCUUGCCGCCCAGUCGAUCAACAUAUCGGUGGGCUUCUGUCAGGGCUUCUCAGCAGUUCUGCUGCCCCAGUACACGCACGAGCACCCCGCCAUCACGUACGAGCAGACCUCAUGGAUAGCGAGUUUGGGUGUGAUAUCGAACCCAAUCGGAGCUCUUCUGGGUGGCAUGAUGGUGGACGCUGUCGGCAGACGUCUGCUGCUGCAGUCCAUAGUGCUGCCCAAUCUUAUAGGCUGGCUGGUGAUAGCAUUCUCGGAGACGUACGUCUUCCUAUGCGUGGGACGGUUUAUAACAGGAUUUACUAUCGGAAUGUCAACAGCGUCCUACAUCUACGUCGCUGAGAUAACAACGCCGGAGAAACGCGGGGUCCUGAGUGCGUUAGGGCCCGGUUUGGUGUCAACAGGAAUAUUCGUCAUAUAUUCCCUGGGAGCCUUCAUACAUUGGAGGAAAGUGGCAGCAAUCUGCGCCGGGGUGUCACUUUUGACCCCCUUCCUGAUGUACUUUGUCCCGGAAUCACCCCUCUGGCUCGCCUCGAAGGGGCAAAUGAAGGAGGCUUAUAGCGCGAUGUUCUGGCUGAGACAAAACAACAACACCGCUCAGCAGGAGCUAAUGGAGUUCACGAAGGACCGAAAAUUGGAGGACGAAUCCAUGAGCUUCAAACAGAAAAUGGGCCUGUUCAAGCGGCGAAGUGUUUUAAAACCGUUCGCGCUGCUUAUAAUUUUCUUUCUGUUCCAAGAGAUGUCAGGAAUUUACGUAAUUUUGUACUACGCAGUAGACUUCUUCAAAUCGGUCGGGACCAGCGUCAACGAAUUCACAGCUUCCAUUAUCGUCGGAGGCGUCAGAGUAUUCAUGGGAGCAGUCGGGGCUUGCCUCAUCAACAGCUUUAGAAGGAAGACGCUGGCAGCGGUCUCUGGCCUGCUACUCGGUAUAGCUAUGCUCGGGGCCGCUAUAUGCGAUAGUCUCCAGGGUCCUCCUAUAAUAAAACUCGCGUGUAUUUUACUUCACGUUUCGUUCAGUAUGGUCGGGUUUCUGCAGCUGCCCUGGAUCAUGUCGGGGGAGCUGUACCCGCAGGACAUCAGGGGGGUUAUGUCUGGAGCGACCUCGUGCUGCGCGUACAUUCUUAUAUUCUUCAACAUCAAAACGUAUCCUCGACUGGAAUACUUCAUAACGAGCAACGGGACCUUAUAUCUGUUCGGUAUCUGUGCUCUCAUCGGCGCCGCGUACUGUCUUCUAUUUUUGCCGGAAACGAAGGGGAAGACGUUGAACGAGAUAAUGAGACAGUUCGACGAGGAGAAAAAGGAUGCGGACCCGGAAGUGGGGUACGUGAAGAGAGUGAGUAUAGAGGGCAAACCUGUGCAGAGACGGCACAGCGCCGGAGCGACCAUUUCUUUGGAGAAGAACAAAGCGUUCGCCGAGCAGUGGGUGCAAAGGUACUGCGAGAAAGUUACGGAGUAGAUGUUGAAGUCUGAUGUUUGAAUUGUGAUAUUUGUGUUAGUCGUGGCUGCAUUUGUAAGAUUGGGGGAGUGACGGAGUCUGCACACGUGAUGUUAACUAAAUGUUUAGAUAUAUUUUUGUUUGGAGAAAUGAUUCGAGGAAUGUAAUGACGCAAUUGACUGUUGUUUUUUACAUCAAUGAUUGUGUACAAUCAGGAAAAUUGUGAAUUUGAUUGAGAUUAAAAGACAUUACAUGGUUUUUAUGACAUCGUUAGAAGAAUUUAAAAAUCUAUCAAUGAUUUAAUUUUCUCCAAGGGUUUUUACAAUAAUUGUUAUGUGAUCAGUAUUAUACCUGUGUGAUUUUGUCGCGAUAAGUACAAACCACAUUCCAUUGUGAUAACUUAGUACAGGUAACGUCAUUUAUUAAACUUAAGGUUUCUUACUAAAGUAGAAUUAAAUAAAGAACAUUGAAUUUAUUUAGGGACAUAAAUUAUUUUAGUAAGUGUUAUAGUCUAUAUUUAUAUACAAAGUGUUUAUGGUGAUAUUUCUGUUUCCUUUGAAGAAAAAUGUUACUAUUAUUUUGUGUGAAUAAAAGUUUUUAAUGUUGUUU